GCUCCGGUCGGGCCUGCGCACGAGCCCAGCGCGUUCCGGUCUAGCCCACUCCGUCCCCUCCGCAGCGCGUGGCCCGGGCGAGCAUGUGCGCGGCGCCCCGCCAGCCCAAGAGCGUCCGGCUGCGCGCCCUGCACAGCGCACGGAAGUUCGGCGUGGCGGGCCGCACCUGCCUGGAACUGCUGCGCAAGGGCUGCCUGCGCUUCCAGGUUCCCGAGCACGGCUCCCGGCUGUGCCUGUAUGAGGACGGCACGGAGGUGACCGAGGACUACUUCCCUCGCGUCCCCGAAGACGCGGAGCUCGUGCUGCUCACCGCCGGCCAGACCUGGGGGGGUUGUGAGUGGUGUGGGCAGGGCAGGCUGUGCCUCCCCUGGACUGAAUCCGUUUCUGUUUGUCCCCUGUUGGUGGCAGAUGUGAGCGACAUCGGCCGCUUCCUCAGCGUGUUUCAGGAGCCACAUGUGGGCGUCCUCCAGGUGGCCCGGCAGCUGCUAGAGGACGAACAGGCCCCGCUUCGGCAGAAGUUGCUGGCAGACCUGCUGCAGAGCGCGAGCCAGAACAUCGCAGCCGAGACGCGGGCCCAGGACCCACCCUGGUUCGAGGGCGUGGAGUCCCGCUUUAGGAACAAGUCUGGCUACCUGAGAUACAGCUGUGAGAGCCGCAUCCGGGGCUACCUGAGAGAGGUGAGCACCUACGCCUCCGGGGUGGCCGUGGGGGCUCGAGAGGAGUACCUGCGUGUCCUCGACUCCAUGUGCCAGAAGCUCAAGGCCGCGCAGUACCACGGGAGCUACUUUGACCGAGAAGCCGAGGCCGGAGGCCGCCUGUGCACACCAGAGGGCUGGUUCUCCUGCCAGGGUCCUUUUGACCUGGAAAACUGCGCCUCAAAGCAUUCCAUCAACCCCUACAGCAACCGGGAGAGCCGGAUCCUCUUCAGCACAUGGAACCUGGACCACAUCAUCGAGAAGAAACGCGCCAUUGUGCCCACGCUGGUUGACGCCAUCCAGCAGCGGGACGGCAGGGAGGUGGCCUGGGAGUACUUCUACAGCCUGCUCUUCACCCCCGAGAACCUGAAGCUGGUGCACAUUGCCUGCCACAAGAAGACCACCCACAAGCUCGAGUGUGACCCCCGCAGGAUCUACAGACCCAGGGUGGGGCCGAAGAGGAAGCGGCCCGCUCGAAAGCGCCAGUGACCCCGGGCUCUGCCCUCCGCCUUGCCCGGGCUGACUGCGAAAUGGAAACAGGUGCUGCAUUUUUUUGUCAUUCCCGUAGUUCCUGGAAGCUUCUGCAGACCUAGUGUGGGUCUGAACCCAUCCUCUGACUUCUGAGAACCAAGCCUCCAGAGCACGGCGGCGGGGCUCCCUGGACACGUGCAGGUCCCGGUCGAGCAAGGGAAAACUGCUCAGGGUCUCCCGCACUCUGACUUUGCCAGCGUGUGCGUCUCGGGAGGGUUUCCGCUGCUGCCGAGGCUGAACGUGGCUGCCCAGCCCGUGUGAGGGUCCCGUGAGUUCGUGCCUCAGCUCUGUGCUAUUUUCAUACAAAGGGCAGCUUAGUCUCUGGACUCUUUGGAAAGCCAGGGAGUGACCAUCUGUAAAAUGUUUGCAUGCCACAACAAGCACCCAGGGUAGAUACUGCUGAAUUGUAUACAAUGCAGAGUGGGAAACCUUCCAACUGUCCCCGUAGGGAAUUUGCUGCAUUACGUUGAGCUGGAUGAAUUGCUGUUUUUGUAGGUGAAAAAUGAUCGGGUAUCAUUGAUUUCACAAUUCCACCUAGUGCAUGUACACAAGGCCAGUGGCAGCGUUUGAAGCGUCCCAAGGUGCUUGUGCGCAGGACGGGAGGCCACUGACCGCACAGGCGGCCUGGCCGUGCAGUGCCCCGCUGGUUUGGUAAGCGGGGAGCGUGGGGAAACACCCCAGGCUGCUCAGGGCAGUGGUCCUGGGGACGUGGCGGGGCAGGCUUAUUCCUACAGCAGGUGUUUGGAAUACUUGAGUUCUUAAAGUGAUCAUUUUGUAGUAAUAUUUUACAACGUACUUUGCAAAGUCCUAUAUUUUGUAAUAUUUGGACUUUUUUACACUUACAUAAAGAAAAAUAAAGCUUUCCCAAAGGAGA